AUGGGCUCCAUUGAUCAGACCGUGCAAACCAAUCCAGUGUUCGAGAAAUAUGGCCUCCCCGUGGAUACUCGCCUUGGGAGUAAUACCCCAGGGCCUCAUCCUGCCUCAGUAACUAGACCAGUCCAACAUGCCGAACUCAACAAACCAUCCGACCGGGGCUAUACGGUUCACAGUCAUCUGAUCAACGAGCCUCCACUAGGGAAACCGUUCAAGAUAAUCAUGAUGGGAGCGGGAGCAUCGGGGAUCGACUUUCUCCAUUAUGCCCCAUCGGCGCUAGCCGGACUGGAUGUGGAGAUCGUGUGCUACGAGAAGAAUGCAGAUAUCGGGGGUACUUGGUACGAGAAUCGGUACCCAGGAUGUGCGUGUGAUGUGCCUAGCAUCGCCUAUUCGUUCCCGUGGCGUCCAAACCCAAACUGGUCGAGUUUCUAUUCGAGUGCAAAGGAUAUUUGGGAGUAUCUGAAGCAAAUCGUCGUCGAAGAAGACAUGAUGGAGUAUAUCACGCUAAACACCCGCGUGGUAUCAGCAGUUUGGAACGAGGAAAAGAGUAAAUGGGUGGUCAAGGUGCAACAAGAUACGCCAUGCGUAAAGGAGUGGGAGGAUGAGUGUGAUGUCUUGAUAAACGGAGCUGGCUUCCUGAACUCUUGGAAAUGGCCUGACACCCCGGGACUACGCUCCUUUCAAGGAACCCUGUGCCACACAGCAGCCUACCCCGAGGGACUGGAUCUGAAGGACAAGCGUGUAGCAGUGAUCGGAUCGGGCAGUUCAGGCGUUCAGGUCGUUCCCUCAAUCCUCAGUGACGUCUCACACCUCUACACCUGGGUGCGAACCCCAAUCUGGAUCACAGCUGCUUUUGCGCAACGCUACGCCGGGAAAGACGGUCGGAACUUUGACUAUACUCCAGAACAGAAGAGCGACUUCAACAAAGAUCCCGAGAUGUACCACCGAUACCACAAGUCAGUAGAGCAUGAGCUCAACCAACGCGCCAAACUCACACUCCGCAACACCGCUGAGUCUGACGAAGCGAAUGCUUCCUCCUACAAGAGCAUGUCCGACAAACUCGCACCAAAACCCUACGUCAAGGACGCCCUAAUCCCCAAGACCUUCAACGUAGGCUGCCGGCGCCCAACUCCAGGCACAGGCUAUCUAGAAGCGCUCGCGUCCGACAAGACAACCGUCUUCACAGAACGGAUCCAAUCGAUCACACCGAAAGGUUUCAUCGACUCCGCAACAGGAACUGAACAUGAGAUAGACGUCAUCAUCUGCGCCACCGGUUUCGACACAUCGUUUCGACCCCGAUACCCGAUCAUCGGGUUAGACGGCGUUAAUCUGGCGGACAAAUGGAAAGAUGCUCCGACCAGUUACUUGACAGUUAGCAUCGACGGAUUCCCAAACUACUUCAUGUACGGAGGUCCCUUUACGCCUGCGGCACAUGGGUCCAUUCUCCCCAUCAUUUCCCAUGUGACGAACCACUUCAUCCAGAUCGUCCAGCGUAUGCGGAGAGAGCAUAUCCGGCGACUCAGUCCUAAGGAGUCCGCAGUGCGCGACUUUGUCGAGCACGCUCGGACAUACUUCCCACGCACGUGUUGGUCUGAUCCUUGUUCUAGCUGGUUCAAGCAGGGCAAGGUUGAUGGCCCGAUUACCAUCUGGCCUGGAUCUCGGUUGGCCUUUUUCGAAGCACUGAAUACACCUACACUGAGUGACUACGAGAUUGAAUAUUGGAGUGGAAAUAGAUUUGGGUACUUGGGAUGUGGAUUCGUUGAUGUGGAGUUCUCCGGGGGUAAUAUUACCUGGUAUCUGGAUCGGUACUCGGAUAAUGAGGAAUGGAGGAAAAAUGGGGUUUGGUACGAUAAGGAGCAGAAGGAAUUUGCGCAUAUAAGCGAGAAGGCAUGUUCUAGCUAA